GAUGCCAUGGAGUAACGAAUAAGUAAAAUUUUUGGCCAGUAUCGCUCAGCUCUACUUGCACUAUGUCUACAUCCCUUACCACUGAACAGAGUCUAUCCUCCUCUAUUGUUCUGGCCUCAAUGAGCCCCUCUGGGUUUCUGGUCUGAUUAACAUAACGUUUCUGUUUUUAAUCAUCUUGCAAAUAGAUUAGCAGACAGUGCACACCACUCCUCACAGCACUUAAUAGUUAUUGUUCACCAACUGAACAGUAGGCAUAGGAGAUUUCAUGUCGGUACAUGUCACAAUUAUAUUUGUGUGCACCAGAGCCACCAAUGACUUGGAAAAAUAUCUUGGGUUACCAUUUGAUGGAUUGAGAAGUUACAUGUGAAUAUGUGAUGGGGAAAUGGCUUACUGAUGGAAAGGAUAUAAAUGUCUUCAUUUGAAUACUGUAAAAUAACUAUUUGAUUGUUAAAUAUCUUGUAAUCUAUUGAUGUCUUAUUCCGUUUAUUAUUUUUAUUUAAAAUGAUUGUCAAUUUAAAGGUAAAAGAUUUAACAAAGAACCUCAAUGUUUUAAUUGAAAGAGUCCUUUGCUGACUGCCUGCCCCUAUUGCUGGCCAUGGUGUCCCCCCUUUCCAAGAGUGUGGUUUGACCAUUCUGGGCCCCUGGGCAGACCAAAAAAGGGAGCCAUUGUGAAUGAAGACCGCUUUUCCCAUUAGGCCCAGGCCGGGUGGUGAGGAUGCCAUGGGGGUUAGGAACAGAUGUGGAUAUGGGCGGUGGGGAAGAGACAGAUAUGGUCCACCUAUACGGACAGAUUAUCGGCUCAUUGUUGAGAAUCUUUCCAGCCGCUGCAGCUGGCAGGACUUGAAGGACUACAUGAGGCAGGCAGGGGAGGUGACUUACGCUGACACCCACAAGGGCCGGAAAAAUGAGGGGGUGAUAGAGUUCAGGCUCUACUCCGACAUGAAGAGGGCCCUGGAGAAGCUCGAUGGCACAGAAGUGAACGGUAGAAAGAUCCGGCUCAUUGAGGACCGGCCUGGAGCCAGACGCAAACGUUCUUAUUCUCGCAGUCGCAGCCAUUCCAGGUCCCGCUCCAGGAGCCGCAGGUCUCGCAAGAGCCGCAGCCGCAGUGAGAGCAGCAGUCGCAGCCGCUCCCACUCCAGAGCGGCGUCAAACUCCCGCAGCCGAUCUCGUAGCAAGAAGAAUAAGGUCAAGAGCAAAAAGGAGGAGGAAGAGCGCAGCAACGGCGCUCCGAAGAACAAGGACCGUAGCAGGAGUCGCAGCCCCAAGAGCAAAAAGGGCAAGAAAGACGGGAAGAAGAACAAGAAGGACGACUCCAGGUCCAGAUCUCGCUCUCGCUCCAGGUCUCGUUCUAGAUCGGGGAUUAAGGAUCGCUCUAGAAAAUCUGGCUCAAAGGGCCGUGCGCAGCCCAAGAGCGACGACGAGGGCGCAGAGCCUCAAAGGGGCUCUCGCUCCCGUUCACGCUCCCCUGCUGAAUCCAAAUCCAGAGCCAGGUCUAAAUCAAAGUCAAAGUCCAAAUCCAAAUCACGUUCCCCCUCACCUGCCAAAGCCCGCUCCCACUCCCGAUCCGCCUCCCGUUCAGAGUCCCGCUCCAAAUCCCGCUCCCAGUCUCGUUCUCGCUCCCGUUCCCGCUCUUAAUUAAAAUGGACCGUUUGUCAUGAGCCCUUAUCCCGGUGUCUCCCUCUGCCCUCCAUUUACAUUCCCCCAAACCCCACAACACUACCCCUGCCUCCUGUUUUUUGAUAAAUAGCUGUAGAAUACCAGGCACUCGUGCUCAAUGUCUUUUUAUGCACACGCUACUCCAUUUCAUUUGACUUUUACUCUACAUCUUUUUUCAUUAGAGCUGUCUUGUAUGAGGGUGUUUGUAAAAUAACAGGGUGCAAUCUCAGUUUUAUAAGUUUAAAUGAUGGUAUGGUAUGUGUCUUAGCCUUUUUUUAAUCAAAUGUAGAAGCAUACUGUUGUCAAAAUGCUGGGUGGGAAUAUGUUGUAACAUCUCACCUUUUGUGAAGUCCUUGUAUCCUUUUAUUUCAGAUUAAAAAUGCCUGUUCUACAUUU